CUGCCCUCCCGCCCCUUAAAACUCCCCGUUGUCCUGGCGGUCGGGAGGUAGCGGAUCCUGCGACGCGGGAUGGAGGGGGCAGCGGGACAGCCGCGCUCCCUGCGCAGAGCCCUGGCCGGACCCCCACCCCAGGAGCUGCGCGGCUGCUCCCCGGACCCCACCCCCAAGGCCGAGGCGCGAGUGCUGGUCAUCAACACGGGCGGCACCAUCGGCAUGGUGCAGGACGUCAAGGGGCUUGCUCCUGAGGCCAAUAAAUUAGUGAGCAGUUUGAAGACGAUGCCGAUGCUGCACGACGAGGGGUACGCGCGGGAAACGGGGCUGAGCAACGGCCACGGGCUCCCUGAGAACACCCUGGUGCUCCCUCUCUCCAAGCAAAACAAGAGAAUUUUUUACACAAUCCUUGAGCUCUCGCCGCUGCUUGAUUCUUCCAACAUGACACCAGAUGACUGGGCCAAAAUUGCAAAGAAACUUGAGGAGCACUACGAGAAGUACGAUGGCUUUGUGAUCCUGCACGGUACUGAUACCAUGGCGUACACAGCUUCAGCCCUGUCCUUCAUGUGUGAGAACCUGGGCAAAACUAUUGUUCUGACAGGAUCUCAGGUGCCCAUUUAUGAGCUGCAGAAUGACGGCCGAGACAACCUUCUGGGGGCACUGCUGAUGGCUGGCCAGUUCGUGAUUCCUGAGGUGUGCCUGUAUUUUUAUAAUAAACUGUACAGGGGAAAUAGGGUGACUAAGGUGGAUGCUGGGAGUUUCAAUGCCUUUUCCUCACCUAACCUGCCUCCACUUGCAAAUGCUGAGGUUGAUAUUACAAUAAACUGGGAAACGGUUUGGAGAGCCAACACCACAAAGAAAUUCCGAGUUCACACCAAUAUGAACAGGAAUGUUGGUCUUCUGAGGAUCUUCCCAGGAAUCACAGCUGCUGCUGUCAGAGCAUUUCUUCAGCCUCCCAUUGAGGGCAUAGUACUGGAAACUUAUGGCAGUGGCAAUGCCCCAGACAAGAGGGAAGAUCUGCUGGAGGAGCUGAGGAAAGCGGCUGAACGCAAAGUGGUGAUCCUGAACUGCACGCAGUGCCUGCGUGGGGCUGUGAAAACAGUCUAUGCUACAGGCCAGAUUCUUGCUGAUGCUGGAGUAAUUCCUGGAGGUGAUAUGACACCAGAGGCAGCCCUAACUAAACUGUCAUACACACUCAGCAAGGGAAACCUUAGCUGGGAGGAGAAGAAGCAGAUGCUGAGUGAGAAUCUAAGAGGAGAAAUGACUGUUGUAUCCACAGGAGCCAAGAUCUCUUUGAGAGAUAGCAAGUUUAUUCAAGUGAUUGCCAAAUCUCUAAGUAUCAGCAGCAAGGAGGAGUUAGAAGCCGUACGAGAUGCAUUAAUUCCACCUUUGGCUUGUGCUGCAGCUAAACUGGGUGACAUAGAUGCAAUAAGAGCCAUAGCAGAAAUGGGUGGAAACCUGAGCUGUGGAGACUACGAUGGCCGAACUCCCCUGCACAUUGCAGCCUCUGAAGGGCACCUGCCCUUAGUUGAGUAUUUGUUGAUGUCUGGUGCAACUGUUUAUGCCAGAGACAGAUAUGGAUCUACCCCUCUGAUGAAUGCCAUCAAGUUCAGAAGUGAGAGUGCAGGACCAUGGGCUGUCUGUUCUCUUUCUGCCCUGCCCUUUCUCAUCAAGACCAGACUGUUUCAGUUGGCACAAAAUAUACCGGUAGGUUGACAUGUUUUAAUCUUCUCCUUCCACCAGUGCUUUCCUGAGUCUCUUGCUGGAUGACUGGUUUUUUGAUUUUCCCCUUCCACCCACUCAUAAUUAUAUGGGAUGGUUGCAUGGCUCUGCCUGCUUUGUGGAUUUCCUCUUCCUGCUGUUAUGAAUGUCAGCAGUUCUUGAAUGGUAGUCAUGGACUUGCUCUUUACUGGUCUUUUCCAUGUUAUACAGUCCUAAGGAAUGGCCAUAUCACAGAAUAUAAAAGUUAUCAGUAAUCAGAAUUUAAUUUUCUAAGAUUUAGUUUGUAUAGCCUGGGGAUUCAUAGAGCCAUUGGUCUUCCAGCAUGUUAGAAGCUGCACACCAUAAUCCCUCCUUGUCUUUGAUCCACUUUCAGCUCCUUAUCUCAUAUUCAGUCUGUAUCAUGGCAGGAGAAAAGAGGAGAAAAGCCAUUUUUUUCUGUAAAAGAGCUCAGAUGGAUUGAAUUUUCAUGGUCUUACUGGGUGAAUGUCCUCAGAUAUUCCUACAGCUUUCUAAUGUUGACAAGUUCACCUGGUCUGUCAAGCUGCAGUUAGCUCCCUGGGAGGUCUGGCAGUCCUGGAUUACCAUGGGCUGCAGGAAUAACUUGGAGGCUUCUUCUGUUUGCAGGAGCAGCUGCAGAAGCCCAGCAGCUCCCUGGCUGUGAGCUGGAGGGCGGCGUGGCCGCGCUGUGCUAUUGCCAUUCCUCCUGCAUGGUCCCAAACUGCUCGGUGCCUGCUGCCUUACCUCAUGAAUAUAUAAGCUCUGCAGUCUUAAAGCAAAAACAAGCCCAACAGCAAAUCAAACAAAUAACCUUGGAGUUGAAUAGAGGUGGCUCUGGUCCAAUGUGAGAAAAUGCUAAAGCAUUAGAUACUAUUAGAUGUUCCUGCAAAUCAGGCACCUACUUCUUUUACCGCACCCAUCUACCGCCUGAGGAAUUUCACAUGAGCUUGUUGUUUGGAUUCCUCAGAAUUGCCACUCCUAUAUUAGACUCCUACUAUGACUCUUAAGCUCUUUAAAAACUGCACACCCAUUUUGAUGCAGGGAAUUGUAAAAGGAAACUGCACCAUAACCGUUUUCAGUUUCUCUUUUUGUUUCUACUGUUGGAAUGAGAGGAAGAGUUGACUUAGAACUAAUCUCAUAAAUGUGUAUUUAUGAUCUGAGUACUCACACUGCAUUUCACACUGGUAAGCAUAUAAAGGAGAAUGCUAAAGAGCAGACAGCUGUAUAUGUGUGUAAUUAGAUACCCACUAAAAAGAUUUCUGCUACAGAAGUAUUUAAAUUCUAUUUAUUAAACACUUGCAAGCUGAAAGUGAAGAGAUUAUCCUGAUAGAAAGUGGCAGAGAGGGAAGGGGGGGAAACUGAUGAUAAUGAGUAGUCAAUGCUUUAAACUGUUUAAUAUUGUAACUUUCUCAAUUUUACUGAACAUUGCAUCAGCUUAAUCCCAUUUUCUGAGAAUUAAUAUUUGUUUAAUUGGCAUUUAACUGCAAUACAGUAUCCACUUAUCUUAAAAAUAGCUUUCUUCCAGUCUUUUAUGUAACAUUUCUCAGUGGCUUGCCUUUUAACCAGCAUGCAAACCUGUAUAAUGAUGACUGAUUUCUCUCUUCCAUUUAUUAAUUUGUAAAAAUGACCAGGAGUUAUGUCUCUUCUUAAAAGCUUCUUAACAUAGCACUGUCAGCUGAUAGACCAGUGACUUGAUUUAUGUCAAUGAUAGUCUCUUACAUUUUUUGACUUGAAGUGACUCUUUCUUUGUUUCUUGCUAAAUAAAAAAAUAAACUACUGCAUUUCCGCUUUUUAAUUUGUAACUGCAAUUUGCCUGUAGUCUCUCUCACUUUAUGCAUGAGGCUAAACAGACCACUGUUAAUCUAGGCCAGUUGUUUGACAUAUCAAAAUAAGUAGCAUUCCUUUAAUUUCUUACAGCACCCUCAAGGGAUAAUUAAUUUUCAAAACAAUAGAAUAAUAUUUUUUUUAAUAACAGAAACUCUCUCAGCAGGAAAAUGUCUUGAAUAAAAAUUGUGUAUAUUUUAAGUAGUAAAAGUGCUUCCAUUUACUUGUAGAGCAGUGGUAAAAGGUUGAAAAUGGGGAGUUGCUCAUAUAGUGCUGUGAGAACAUCAGAUUAGAGGUAGUAAAAUUACCUCCCACGUAAAUAUGAAUUUAAAUACUUGAUAUUUUGAAAGGUUACAUUUACAUUACUUCAGGAAAUCUAAGGCAGAGAGAAAAUCUAUCUACCAUUGACUCCAAGAAGCACACUGCAGCCUGUCCUUGCAGUGUUUGAGCACAAAAUACCCACUGAUACCGUGCAGAAAACCAAAUAAGUGAAACUAAGCUGAUCCUGCCAUAACCAUUCUGGUUGCUAGGGGAGCAAGCAUGAAAAAGAAUGAAGCCAGUCAAGUUUGGAUCUACAUUACACCUGCAUUUCUUUAAGGAGAGUUGGUGGAAGGUGUGCAGCCUAAGGCCCCAGUCCUGCAAACUCUUACAUGUGUGUUAAUUUCACAUGUAUGAUUCAUCCCUUUUGAAGUCAAUUCACUUUUAAUAAGUGUCUGCCAGGUGAGGGCCUGGCAUGACAGGUACUGCACAGAACCUGGAUUCCUGUGAAUCCAGAGCCCUCAAGAACUGGUUAGGGUGUGGAUGUCUUUACCUGGAACUCAAACUUUGCUCAUAGUGCUGAAUGUUGAAGACUGCACCAAAUCAGAUAUUCUGCUACAAAUAUAUUAAAAAUAGUAGCAUACACUUGAGUUUUAAUGUCCAGUGUUAUGAACAAUGGAACCUAACAGGUAGGAGAUAGUAGAAACACCUUUUGCCUUCUUGUUUUUUCCUUCAGAGAGGGAUGAAUAACUGAUACUACUAAAAAGCUGUCUCAAGUAACAUAUGCAGAAUAACAUUGUUUCUACAGCCUGUGUCUGACCAAGAGCCACGGUUUGGUGACAGAACACAGUAAGAAAAGGGAGGGUCAGGAACAGCUCACAGGUGACAAUGUUAAGCAUUUGUUUUUUGCUAAGCAUUAUCAGGUGAGGCUAAAAUGAGCAUGAAGCUGUGCAAGCCAGGGCUGACAUGGGGAGGUUGCCAUCUCUCUGCACCUUGAGCUUUGACUGUCCAGCAGUUCUGUUCUUGGUUUUGUGCUGUCACCUUAGAAAAGGAAUUGCAUUUGAUCCGUUCCCAAGAAGUUCAUGGCUCAUGACAUCACCUGAACUUCAGAUCAGCUCACCUGUGACCCUUGUGCGGCUUUUGUAAAGCCACAGGAGAGCAGCCCUUCAAGAAACAAUUUCUAAAGACAAAUACCUCUCCUGUGCCUAAGACAUAACAGUAUCAGAAAAUUCACAGCCAGGCUCUUGAGAUAUGAGCAGUGCCCUGGUGGUGGGUGCAGGAGAGCAGAAGUGGUGCUCAGGAGAGGCUGAGCUUUGCUCAGAAUGUCGAUGGCGCUCGGUGCAGGCAGGAACACGCUGCAGAGCCUUCCCUCCCACAUACUUGCCAUGCUGAGUGGUGGGAAUGUCACAGUGGUCUGUUUGCUUUCUUGGGCUUCACAGCCUCACUUCUAAAUCUGACGCUUUGGAACUUUGCAUUGCUGUUUGUCCCUAGUCUUCCUUCCCUUGCCCUGUCUCUAACAAGCAGUAAUGCACAGCACUUCUUCCCAUUUUUCCAAGAAAUGUGACUUUGAAUGAUUCAUCAGGACAUUGUACUUCUGUUUAGAAAUGCUUUAUUGUAAGCAUUUAUUGUAAACACUAUCAGUUACAAUGCUUACAAACUUAAUUUAUUUCAAACUACUUUUAUUUUUUCCUUGUUUAAAUUUACUGUUUAAAUUAAAUGAGUGGGGUAAAUGAUCCCAAAUCUGUCUGUACCAGAUUUUUACAGAGCCCCACUCAGAGCAGGAAUGGCUGUGGGGUGUGAAGGGCUGUCUGGAGAGAUUCUUCCUACCAGUAAGGAGUAAAUAGUUACAACAGAAAGAGAAAAUGUCUUUUUGCUGGUAUCUAGAGUCCUCACAGGUGGAGAACAUUGAGGGAAGAUACCACACAUUACAUGCUUUGCAGCCUUUUAUCUUUUAGUGCUGUCCCAUAGCAAAGCUUUUGUUUUAAAAAAUGCUCAUUUCAUGCUGAGAUUUCCUGUAUAAGGUGAAAAUGAAGAACACUCCAGGGCAGUCCUUGGAGAGUAAACAGACACUCCCCAUGUUCUGUUCAGUACCCAGUGAGAGCCUGAGUGAACAGACAUGUUCUACUUUAAUCUAUUUCAGGUCAAAUUUCAUUUCAGCUAAUUACUGUUUGGAUUAAGACUAAAAACUAAAAAAUUCAUCCAUGUAGAAUUCAGGCCUUACCAUGGAUUGAGGAGUAGGAGAGGAUGCCAUUGUUUGCUGGCUCAAGGAGAUGCUUGUGGAUGACGAGCUGUGUCGUAAGGGACCCACCUGAGAAAAUAUUUUGGAUAACUGAGCACACUUGAGGCAUGGGCUGUCCCAGAAAUGCUUUGCUAUGAAGCAAAGGAAGAUUUUAUUUUUUUUUUUGGCUGUCAACUGGAACAAAGUGUAA